AAAAAAGAAAGAAAGAAAAAAAGAAAAGAAAAGCCUAGCCUAAAUAGGACUAUAAAAUGUGCCGAACGUUGAAACCGUUCUCGCUCUCAUUCUCUCUCCCCCACCGGAAUUAUAUACAAACCUCCGUUUCCCGGGGAUUUCCGAGAGAGAACCAAAAGCAAACAAACACUGUAGACCUAACGAUCCUAUUUUGAUUCCCCUUUGAUUUUCCCCCAAACCAAACACAAAUCUUCAUCAAGAAUCAAGAGAGAGAGAGAGUCUGCUCUCUGGUGUGCUUGUGGUGUCUCUUGCUCCGAGUCUUUCCGGCGAACGGUGUUUCUUUGUGAGAGAGAGUGAGCGGCGAUGAAGGCGUCCAUGGCGGUGGCUCCGGGGAGAGCAGCGAAGUCUCUUUACAAUUUCGAUGCCCUUACGUGCCUGAAGUGGGGGAGCCACAAGUACGUCCGGUGCGCAAAAGAGAAAUCCGAUGAUGACGGCGGCGGCGGCGGCAGCGGUGGCGGAUCGAUUGAUCAUCGAUCCGUCGGCGUGAUCGCGCCUCGGCGGAAAGAAUCGACGUCGGAGACGAGGCAAGGGAUCAGGUUUCUCUUGAACCAGAGAGAAGCCGAGAAGUACGACGACGGCGAGGAAGGGAUCGCGGCGGUGAGGGAGAAGCUCACGGUCGAUUUCAAAGAGGCGGCGAACAAGCUGAAAGAGGCGUUCUUUGGAGGUGGUGUGGCGGCGGAACUGGGAGAUGACGUGUCGGCGGCGGCGGAGGAGGAAGAAUCUCCUUCGACGACGGAGAAAGAGGCGAGGCCGUGGAACCUCCGGAAGAGAAAGGCGGCGGGUGCUGCUAAGACUAAGAGCUUGAGAAUUGAGGGAGCAAAGGUCAAUUUCUCGUCGCCGGCGACUGUGAGGCCGGUCAGAAGGGUUCCGGAGAAGGAGGAGAGGGUGAAGUUCGCGGUGGCGCUAUCGAGGAAGGAGAUCGAGAGUGAUUUCGCGGUGAUGUUGGGAAAGAGGCCGCCUAGCAGGCCCAAGAAGCGGCCCAGGCCCAUUCAGAGGCAAUUGGACUCUCUCUUUCCAGGCGUGCUUUUAGGGGAGAUAACCACAGAAACUUACAAGGUUCCUGAGGCCCCUAAAAAGGACAAGACGAGGUAGCGAUCGAGUAACGUUCUCUCCAUUUAACCCAAAAAAAAAA